GUACUUGAAUGGGUUAUCAUGAUCUACCGUGGUCCAUGGAAAUUAUACUUACAGGACUUGAGAUGAAUUUUGAUUGUGUCCUUGUUCCAUUAUUAAUGUUUGUUUACCUGCUUUAUUUUUACAGGGAUGUGCAUGCAGUCUGUCUCUGGGAUGAUAAAGGCCCGGGAAAAAUUCAUCAGGCUUUAAAAGAAGAUAUCCUUGAGUUUAUUAAGCAAGCACAGGCAUCUAUUUUUUUUCUUCCAUGGAUCUGUUUGCUGAAGGCGUAUAUUGUUGAAUGGCGAAAAUUCUUUACACAAUGUGAUAUUUUACCGAAGCCUUUUUGUCAACUAGAGAUUACUUUAAUGGGCAAACAGAACAGCAAUAAAAAAUCAAACAUGGAAGAUAGUAUUGUUCGAAAGCUCAUGCUUGACACAUGGAAUGAGUCAAUUUUUUCAAAUAUAAAAAAUAGACUCCAAGAUAGUGCAAUGAAGCUGGUACAUGCAGAAAGAUUAGGAGAAGCUUUUGAUUCCCAGCUGGUCAUUGGAGUAAGGGAAUCCUAUGUUAACCUUUGUUCUAAUCCUGAGGAUAAGCUUCAGAUUUAUAGGGACAAUUUUGAGAAGGCAUACUUGGAUUCAACAGAGAGAUUUUAUAGAACACAGGCACCCUCAUAUUUACAACAAAAUGGUGUACAGAAUUAUAUGAAAUAUGCAGAUGCCAAAUUAAAAGAAGAAGAAAAACGAGCACUACGUUAUCUAGAAACAAGACGAGAAUGUAACUCUGUUGAAGCACUCAUGGAAUGCUGUGUAAAUGCCUUGGUGACAUCAUUUAAAGAAACUAUCUUAGCAGAGUGCCAAGGCAUGAUCAAGCGAAAUGAAACUGAAAAGUUACAUUUAAUGUUUUCAUUGAUGGACAAAGUUCUUAAUGGGAUAGAGCCAAUGUUGAAAGAUUUGGAGGAACAUAUCAUUAGUGCUGGCCUGGCAGAUAUGGUAGCAGCUGCUGAAACUAUUACUACUGACUCUGAGAAAUACGUUGAGCAGUUACUUACACUAUUUAAUAGAUUUAGUAAACUUGUCAAAGAAGCUUUUCAAGAUGAUCCACGAUUUCUUACUGCAAGAGAUAAGGCAUAUAAAGCAGUUGUUAAUGAUGCUACCAUAUUUAAACUUGAAUUACCAUUGAAGCAGAAAGGAGUGGGAUUGAAAACUCAGCCUGAGUCAAAAUGCCCUGAAUUGCUUGCCAACUACUGUGACAUGUUACUAAGAAAAACACCUUUAAGCAAAAAACUAACCUCUGAAGAGAUUGAAGCAAAGCUUAAAGAAGUGCUCUUGGUCCUUAAAUACGUACAAAACAAAGAUGUUUUUAUGAGGUAUCACAAAGCUCAUUUGACACGACGUCUUAUAUUAGACAUCUCUGCUGAUAGUGAAAUUGAAGAAAAUAUGGUAGAAUGGCUAAGAGAAGUUGGCAUGCCAGCAGAUUAUGUAAACAAGCUUGCUAGAAUGUUUCAGGACAUAAAAGUAUCUGAAGAUUUGAAUCAAGCUUUUAAGGAAAUGCACAAAAAUAAUAAGUUGGCUUUACCAGCUGAUUCAGUUAAUAUUAAAAUUCUGAAUGCUGGUGCCUGGUCUAGAAGCUCUGAAAAAGUCUUUGUCUCACUUCCUACUGAACUGGAAGAUUUGAUACCUGAAGUAGAAGAAUUUUACAAAAAAAAUCAUAGUGGUAGGAAAUUGCAUUGGCAUCAUCUCAUGUCAAAUGGAAUUAUAACAUUUAAGAAUGAAGUAGGUCAGUAUGAUUUGGAAGUAACCACGUUUCAGCUGGCUGUAUUGUUUGCAUGGAACCAAAGACCAAGAGAGAAAAUCAGCUUUGAAAAUCUGAAACUUGCAACUGAACUCCCUGAUGCUGAACUAAGAAGGACUUUAUGGUCUCUAGUAGCUUUCCCAAAGCUCAAACGGCAAGUUUUAUUGUAUGAACCUCAAGUCAACUCACCCAAAGAUUUUACAGAAGGUACCCUCUUCUCAGUGAACCAGGAGUUCAGUUUAAUAAAAAAUGCAAAAGUUCAGAAAAGGGGUAAAAUCAACUUGAUUGGACGCUUACAGCUAACUACAGAAAGAAUGAGAGAAGAAGAAAAUGAAGGAAUUGUUCAGCUAAGAAUAUUAAGAACCCAGGAAGCCAUCAUACAAAUAAUGAAAAUGAGAAAGAAAAUUAGUAAUGCUCAGCUGCAGACUGAAUUAGUAGAAAUUUUGAAAAACAUGUUCUUGCCUCAAAAGAAAAUGAUAAAAGAGCAAAUAGAAUGGCUAAUAGAGCACAAAUACAUCAGAAGAGAUGAAUCUGAUAUCAACACUUUCAUAUAUAUGGCAUAAUUUCGAAUAUCAUGGACAAUAUUAAGAACCCAGAUUUUGGAGUGCUUGGGCAGAAAGUUGUCCCAGUUGGAGCUGGAGAAAGAUUUAUUUGGACUUUGAUUACAUAAAUAUUAAAAUCUCUGCCUUACCUUACAAAACAACUAUAUUUUGCCAAUCACAUUAGUUAGCAUGGUGGUAUUUCCUUCAUGUUGCACACUCUUUAACAGCAUGCUGUUUUGUGGAGAAACUUGCAUUCAUGAAGAGCCCGUUAUGAACUUUUAAAAGUGAAUUUGAUUUUUACUCACGAGGAGAAAUAUAGUUG